UUCUCUUCUCCCACUCACCUGGCGCCCACGGACAGGAUGCAGGGCGCCACCGCCGUCCCCGAGGUGAGGAGGAGCAGGGCUUCGCCCUCGCCGGACAAGUUCGACGAGAGCGCCAAGAAGCCGCGGCUGGACCUGCCCGACGGCCUCGUCAAGCAAGAGGCGGCCGGAGGAGGAGGAGACGGCGGCGCCAUCGUCGCGGUGGAGCUCGCCGUGAGGAUCGGCAAGCAUGUGCUCCACUGCCCCCUCUGCACCCUCCCCUUCAAGCCCCCAGUCUACCAGUGCAAACGGGGCCACCUGGCCUGCGGCGGCUGCGUCGCCCAGCUCCCCUGCGGGCAGUGCAUGGCGUGCGUGGACGGCGCCGGCUUCUUCGACCCCUGCCCCGCGCUGGACACCGUCGUCUCCUCGACCAGGGUCCAGUGCCCCAACGCCGGCUGCCAGAGGUACGUCACCUACCACGAGGCCGCCGACCACCAGAGCGCGUGCGCGCACGCUCCCUGCUGCUGCACGGAGCCCGACUGCGGCUACGUCGGCGCGCCGCAGUCGCUCGCCGGCCACCUCAACACCGUCCACUCGGUGCCGGUGCGCGCCCUGCAGUACGGCAAGGCCAUCCAGCUCCGGGUGCCGGUGUCGGCGCUGGCACCGCGGCUGCUGCUCCUCGGCGACGACGACAACCGCGUGUUCCUCCUGUCCGUGGGCGCGCUCGAUGCCGGCACGGCUGCCGUGUCCGUGGUGUGCGCCAGGGCGAGCGCGGUGGCGCGCCCGCGGUUCACGUGCAAGAUGUGGGUCAACCUGGAGCCAGCGGCGGCGAGCGGUGCCAGGGCCGACUCGGUCCGGGUGGAGAUGCAGAUGAGGAGCAGCACGUCGCCCGGCGCGGUGCUCGCCGUGCAGGAGCCGACGUUCCUGGCUGUGCCGCCGAUGUACCUCGUUCCACCGCCAGCAGCAGCAGCAGGGGAUAAGGCGGCCAUGGAAGUUCCCCUGUACAUCCGCAUCGACAAGGUCUCCCCUUGGUCAUCCGACGCAUUGGUUUAGGUCCCUCCAGCACUCGUCUUGUCUUAGAUUGGGAAACAAACGAUGCGAUUCAAGGCAGUCUUAUUUUGGAGAUCCAGCUGAAAGCAUGAAACUAUUUUAGAUGAUGUUUAAUUAGGAGUGGAUGCGGUUUAUCUUUUGAUGUAGUUCAUCCUGCAGGCUAGUGAACUUUCAUGUCAUUGUAUGGUACUUAAAUCGCACUAGGAUAUUAUCAUGCUUGGUGCUAUGUCAUUCCAAGAGUGAAUUCCACAUUUACCCCAUA